GGCAUUAACACAUCUCUCUCCGUUAGAUCGAUCAGUGAGGAAGAAGACGAAGUCACGAAAACCAUGUUCUUGUUCGAUUGGUUCUACGGAAUCUUAGCUUCUUUAGGAUUAUGGCAAAAAGAAGCUAAGAUCUUGUUUCUCGGACUCGAUAAUGCUGGCAAAACCACGUUACUUCACAUGCUCAAAGACGAGAGAUUAGUACAGCAUCAGCCGACGCAACAUCCAACGUCUGAAGAACUUAGCAUUGGUAAAAUCAAGUUCAAGGCUUUUGAUUUGGGUGGUCAUCAGAUUGCUCGUAGGGUUUGGAAAGAUUACUAUGCCAAGGUUGAUGCUGUUGUUUACCUUGUGGAUGCUUAUGACAAAGAGAGAUUUGCUGAGUCAAAAAGAGAGCUUGACGCUCUUCUCUCAGAUGAAGCCCUUGCAACUGUUCCCUUUCUGAUUCUUGGAAACAAGAUUGAUAUUCCUUAUGCAGCUUCAGAAGAUGAAUUGAGGUAUCACUUGGGUCUCACUAAUUUCACCACAGGCAAGGGAAAGGUGACGCUUGGAGACUCUGGUGUUCGCCCACUUGAGGUCUUCAUGUGCAGCAUCGUCCGGAAAAUGGGUUAUGGCGAGGGAUUCAAAUGGCUUUCUCAGUACAUCAACUAAGGACAGACACCAAGUCUUUUUCAUAUUUUCAAACCAAACCCGAGAAGAUUUUCCGUACAAUUUGUCUAUUUCAAGCUGAAAGAUUUGUGAUUGAUGAUAUCACAUCCUUCUCUUAGAAGUCUUGAACACUCUUUUCUCCUAUUUGUUCUUUUUUUGUUGUUUUCUGUGUUGAACAUAAGUUUGGUGGCUUGCAUUUCCAAACUUAUUCAUGUCUCUGGUCCACAUUUUUGUCAACUGCUUAUGUUUCAUUGAACAUUAUUCCAAGUUA